AUGGCUAUGUCAAAAUGCUGCUUCCGAGGUUUCCAGUGGGAGGGAACACCGAUGGGCCGAGUUGGCAGACUGGCCAACAACGACACCUACAUCGCCGGCAAUAACCCUAACAUUGUUAUCCUGUUUAUCGCCGAUAUGUUCGGUUGGGACUUUAUCAACAACCGUCUGCUCGCAGAUCACUUUGCUCGCGAAAUCCGCGCAACGGUCUACGUUCCUGACUUUUUCGGCGGGGAAGUCGUCGCUUCCCACAUUAUUGCGGAGGAGGAGGCCUGGGAAAAAAUGGAUUUGAAGGGAGCCUUGCCUCAGGAAUACAAAAAAGUCGGUGCUGUGGGUUAUUGUUAUGGUGGAUGGGCCGUUUUCCGACUCGGCGCAAAGGAGCACAGCCCGUCACCGCUGGUGGAUUGUAUUAGUCUUGGGCAUCCUUCCUUGCUCACCAAGCAGGAUAUUGAUGAGAUAGCGGUGCCGGUGCAGGUUCUAGCACCGGAGAUCGAUCCUGUGUACACAGCGGAGCUGAAGCAGCAUACUUGGGAAACUAUACCAUGGUUGGGGGUGCCGUUUGAUUACCAAUAA